AUGGUACCAUAUGAAUUCCGACCAAAUCAAGUUUUCGAUCCGAAAAAACAUAUUUUAGAUGUAGUAGCCAAGCAAUAUCUUGAACAGGCUACUAGUGAUGUACAUCAUCUUGUUCCAGCCGAUGUCGUUGCCGAUGGAAAUUGUUUAUAUCAUUCCAUUGUUCUUCUAAUGAAUAAUCCAGCAGUGACAUGGAGUGAAUUACGAGUUCGAACAGUUAUAGAACUUAUGACGAAUGAGACUUAUUAUUCAAAUACGUACUCACAUUGCGUCGGACCUUUUGAUAUUGCAAUUCAAGCUAUGUGCAGAAAGUCCACAUUUUCGGAAUUGUAUGAAAUUACUGCAUUAUGCAAUAUACCUAAAUGUAACAUACGAAGUAUUUAUCCAAAAAUUGAUCUUCGAGAUCAUACAGCCAUCGUGAAUAACACGUUUAUGCCUCUUCUACCUACUGUUGCUAAUUGCGAAAUUACAAUAUUGUGGGCACAUACAUUGAACGAAAACGAAGUAAGAAUUAAAAAUAAUUCAACAUGGAGCCCCAAUCAUUUUGUUCCACUUAUGUCACGAUUGAUUCAACAUGAGCGUGAUAAUAAUAAUCAAUUAGCGUCAGUUCUUGCGACUCCUGAAAAGAAAACAUUUAAGAACAAUGCUGCUAUCCAGAUACGAAUUCCUGAGUUUCAAUCAUCUCCUAGCAGACGUUUACGAAGUGAAAUUAACAUAGACACUGAUUCUUCUCAAUCGAUCAUAUCUGAUACAAUGUUGCACGAUCACAAUGACAAAGAAGAACAACGUCAAGUUCGUCUUAAAAAGAAAAAAGAACGAGUUCGAUCAAGUCGACUGAACGCAACCGAAGAAGCGCGCCAAAAUCGACUGAGGGGAGAGAGGCACCGCAGUCAAACUAGUCGAAAAAAUCAAACAGAAGAACACCGUCUAAAUCGACUCGAACAGCAAAGAAAACGAAGUCAAGCAAACAGAGAAAAAAAGAAAAAUGAAAAACGCAUGUCCGAUAAUAUUAGUAUUCAACAACAAACUACUCAGAUGCAAUCUGCUGGAGCGGAAGAAGUCACAUUACAAGAUGGUAUUAAUAUAUCUCAUUCUAUAUCAAAUGCAAAUAUCUUACCGAAAAUUAGAAAUGCGACUUCUUCUUGGCCUGAACCAAUUUCUCGUGAUUUGAAAGAAGGAUGUCUCAAAAAAUUUCUCUAUCGAAUGUCCAUGUCAGCACUAGCCGAAACUACGUGUGCAGUUUGCAACAUUCGAAGUCCCAUGCAAAAGUCGAAAUCAGUACCUGUCUCAAAAAUUACUAGCACUGAAUUACUCAAAGUUUCAGACGAAACUAAAGCUCUGAUCAUGGGUU